AUGCGAUGUUUAUUCGGUAUCCUCCUCUUCGUUACCGUCGCAGAGGCGUGGAGGAUAUCGAAAUGGGACAACUUCAAGUUGUUCCCUGCUGCACAUACACGACACCUUAGCUCAUCAGCGCGAGCUCAAUUCAGCGCGCAAACUGUAUAUGGCCUAUCCUCAGCGAUACCUGACGGAGGAUGCGGGAUAGCCGUGACAAGAAUCUCGGGAAGACAGAGUCUCAAGGUGCUGGAAUUACUCACCAAAAAUGAGGCUGCAAGGGAUAGCAAAAGCGCAUUCAAAUGUGUUCCCAGAAUGGCUACGCUUCGUACCGUCUACGACCAAGCGAAAUUCACACCUAUAGACAAGGCCAUCACCAUUUACUUCCCUGGGCCCAACUCUUAUACAGGCGAAGACGUGGUCGAAAUCCACACCCACGGGAGCAGGGCCAUAGUGUCACAGCUCUUUGCCGCCUUGCGGUGCAUUUCUCGCCGACAUGACAUAGGGAUUCGGCAGGCCGAAAGAGGUGAAUUCACAAGAAGGGCGUUUUACAAUGGAAAGAUGGAUCUUACACAGGCCGAAGCUAUUCGGGACAUCAUAUCAUCCGAAACGGCUCUGGAGAUGCAAAAUGCAGCACUAAAACUACACGGAGGACUGACACAGCUGUACGGCACGUGGGCGGACAGACUAAACCAGUUGCUCGCCACGGUGGAAGCCAGAAUAGAGUUCGACGAACAAGCAUUGGCAGAUCUAAACGCGACGCAUAAGGAACAAACCGCGCUGCUUCAAGGCCUCACUCAAAUACAGGAAGAAAUCGAGGCGCAACUUGAAGACUCAAAAGGGGAAAUCCUGACAAGUGGAGCUAAUGUAAGCAUAUUAGGGCCCCCUAAUGCGGGAAAGAGCUCCCUGAUGAACGCUAUUUGCGACAGACGUGUGGCCAUUGUCUCGGACAUGCCGGGGACCACCCGGGACCUCAUACAAGUCAAAUAUGACCUCAAUGGCCUAAAGGUGACUUUCGUAGAUACAGCUGGAAUAAGGGAAAUGGGUGACAACGUGGAAGCAAUAUCGCAUAAUGAAGUCGAAAAGCAGGGAAUUGAAAAGGCUCUGCAACACCUGAACGACACGAGGUUGGCAAUAUUCUUAUUUGACCACACAAAUGUGGAACAUUCGCAGUAUGCGCUGGAUACUACUCUGCAAAAUGUGCCUCAUGACUCUCAACUUAUCAUCUGCGUAUCCAAGGUUGACUUGAUUACCACUGCACAAAUGACGCAGUAUAUGAGGACACUGGAAAGUAGAUAUGGCCCCAGAGCGCAAAUCACCUCUAUCUCCAACAGAGAGCCGCAGAGUAUAGAGGCCAUGCUGCAACUCGUGCAUCAAAAUUUGGAGAAAGAUCUUUCACACGUACAAAAGCAACCAUUUGUAACCGACGCAAGGCACAAGUCACACCUAAGGAACGUGCUGCAACAAAUCAAAAUCGCCCUGAAAAGCAUGGCGAACACGCAGUCCGAUCUCGAAAUUGUGGCAGAAAAUAUAAGAGAGGCCACCUCCCAAAUCGGGUACAUAUUAGGAGAACAGACAAACGAGCAUGUAUUGGACGCCAUAUUUAGAACGUUCUGCGUGGGAAAGUGA